CACCUCCGUGCGCGCGCGCUCGAGUUGUUCCCCGCCGGUUGUAGGCGGAAGAUUUUUCAUUCCACAGUUGACAGAAAUAGAGGGUCUGAACUCUUCCUGAACAAGGUCAAGAAAAACCGUACAGCAGUGUUUAAGACGUACUUCAGAGCUUCAUUACUUAAAGGUAUCUAUUGACGAAAUUCUCCAAACUGUAAACCAAGAUGAUUCUGUCUUCAUUGAAAGGCAUUGGGAAGAAACUUCUGAGAGUAAAGGUUGUGGACAGUAGCAUAGAGGAGUCCCGCUUGGCUCGAUGUCUUAACACGUUUGACCUGGUGGCCCUGGGCGUCGGUAGCACACUCGGUGCUGGCGUCUAUGUGCUCGCUGGUGCCGUAGCCCGAGAAAAUUCAGGACCCGCUAUUGUCAUCUCCUUCCUCAUCGCUGCCAUGGCUUCAGUCUUGGCUGGUCUGUGCUACGCCGAGUUUGGAGCGCGUGUUCCCAAAACUGGCUCGGCUUACCUCUACAGCUAUGUUACGGUUGGAGAAGUAUGGGCAUUUAUCACCGGCUGGAACCUCAUUCUCGCUUAUGUCAUUGGAACUUCGAGCGUGGCCAGGGCAUGGAGCGCAACCUUUGAUGGGCUUAUUGGAAGGAAGAUUGAGCUGUUUUGCAGACAAUACAUGACCAUGAAGGCCCCGGGAGUCUUGGCAGAAUAUCCAGACAUAUUUGCCGUCGUAAUCAUAAUCGUUCUGACAGGGCUGCUUGCAUUUGGUGUAAAAGAGUCAGCCAUGGUAAACAAAGUGUUCACCUGCAUCAAUGUACUGGUGCUGGUGUUUGUAGUCAUCUCUGGCUUAGUUAAAGGAAACAAAGAAAACUGGAACCUGAACCCUGAAAAGAUCCUUAAUGCCACCAGAAACUCUACUUCUAAUGUGUCCGAUUUCAUUCCAAAUGAGGAUGUUCUCGGUGCUGGUGGUUUCAUGCCAUUCGGUUGGACUGGAGUCCUUUCUGGUGCAGCAACCUGUUUUUAUGCCUUCAUAGGGUUUGACUGCAUUGCCACUACAGGAGAAGAAGUAAAGAAUCCACAGAGGGCCAUUCCUGUUGGCAUUGUGGCCUCUCUCCUCAUUUGCUUUGUGGCAUACUUUGGUGUAUCUGCAGCCCUCACUGUGAUGAUGCCUUACUACAUGCUGGACAAGAGCAGCCCUCUUCCUGUGGCUUUUAAGUAUGUGGGCUGGGAGGGAGCCACUUACGCAGUGGCCAUUGGCUCUUUAUGUGCACUGUCGACUAGUUUACUAGGCUCCAUGUUCCCAAUGCCCAGAGUGAUCUGGGCCAUGGCAGAAGAUGGCCUGCUCUUCAAAUGCUUGGCUAAAGUCAGCGCACGAACCAAAACCCCUCUAAUAGCAACAAUAACAUCAGGUCUUGCGGCAGCGGUGAUGGCAUUCCUGUUUGACUUGAAGGACCUGGUUGACCUCAUGUCCAUUGGGACUUUGCUGGCCUAUACUCUGGUGGCAGCUUGUGUGCUGGUCCUCAGGUACCAGCCUUUACAGCCCAGUGCAGCCUAUGAGAUGGCCAAUACUCAGGAUGAGCCUGAAAUUACAUAUAGUGAUGGGAGUGUUGAUAUUUUAUCGCAACCUGAUGAUCGCUUUACUUUCAAAAAACUUAUUAACCCUCCGAACACUGAGCCGUCAUCUCUCUCUGGACUCAUCGUCAACAUCUGCACCAGUAUACUUGGUGUUUUGGUGUGUGUCUUCAGCGUUGUAGCUUCUCAGGGAGGGUAUGCACGCUGGUCUCUGACUGCCCUUGGUAUUAUAGUGGCUAUCUGCCUGGUUCUAAUCAUUAUUAUAUGGAGACAGCCACAGAGCAAAACCAACCUUGCCUUCAAAGUCCCAUUGGUGCCACUGGUGCCGAUCAUUAGCAUGUUUGUGAACGUGUACCUGAUGAUGCAGCUCGACAAAGGAACGUGGUUGCGUUUUGCCAUCUGGAUGACCAUAGGUUUUACCAUCUACUUUGGCUAUGGUAUACGUAACAGUGCAGAGGCGGCGUUAGCCAAGGGUGACAGUUACGAAGAUAGCUGCACAAUAAAGGAAGAGGCCAUGCCAACAGAGAAGGAAGCCUUCUUACACAAUACACAAAACUCCACCCGAGAAGAUGAAGAUGGUUUCUGAGGAGAUGGGAGGGUUUUUUAAAACAUUUAUUUAAAUAGGGGCGGUAAGGAUAACAUAACAAACAAAACAGCCCUUACCUAUUGUGAAAACGCCAAUCAACUAACAAAAUUAGACAAAUGAAAAGGUACAAACCUACAAUUCGCUAACAACUCAAAGAAAAACGGGGAAAACAUGUUAAAAUUGCAUUGGCAGCUGUCCUCUACAAGUUUUCUGUGUCGAGGUUGGCACAGAACAAUGUCACAAAGGACCUAUCAACACAAGAUUAUCAAUUAAAUUGAGCUAACAUAAAAUCUAACCUAAAUAUAAUGUAUUAUCAUGCAGUCAUGGUAAUGAGCUUAAAAAUCCAAAAUGGCCAAAGACCUUGAGUCCCUGCAGACCAUGCAAGUACUCAGUCGUCAGCCAACAACAAGAAAGAUGAAAACACGAGGAGCCAGUAAGAAGAAAGAGUCCAGAGACCAGGAGCUGGUACAGUAUAUCCUUUACCCCUUUUUUCCCCCAAAAAGAAUGUAACAUCUGUGCUGUGAAAUAGCCAUUAAGUUUUCUGAAAGACUAUCUGCAAGUUCAGGAGACGCAUGGAGACCUAGCCAAUUCUACUACUAGCCAAAAAUGUUGACUACAUGAUGAUUGUAAAAAGCCUAAUAAGAUUUAAUAGCUAAUUAGCCAAGUAUUUUUAAUUGAAGCAGUAUUGAAAUUAUGUGAAAAGAAGAUUGUAGUCAAAUUUUUUUAUUGUUAUGUGCUUUGAAAUGAUCAGUUUCACAAAACAUAAUGGAAUCCAUCAAUUCAAAAUGCUUUUGUUUUUACAAAAAUAUUAUCCAACCAUAAAUGGAUCUUCAUAAACUUCAUUUUGGGUUUUUAACAGUAUAUUAGAAUGAACGCACAUCAGAUUUUCCAUGAAUGAUAUCACAUAUAAAGUUCAGAAUGUGUUAUUGCUCACCUAGCUUCAAAGUGCUCGACAUUUGUAUAUGUUGACUAUGUACAAAAAAGACGAAACACCGUCUAAGACACUUGGACGAAGGUGAGAAUUUUAAUGUACCAUCAGUGCCUUUUGUGAGAAAGUUGUUAGUUGAGAAAUCCCUUAGUUGUAAAUUUACCUUUAAGAUGCAGUUUUGGGGGUUUAACCAGUGUUUCUAUUACUGAAAACAAUACAAGUCACAGGUCUUUGGAUGUCUUGUACAUUGAAUGUAUAGCUCAUAUAAACUCAACAUGGUGCUAAAAGUAGCAUUCUCAGUGCAUCCAUGUGUUUGCAGGUCUUUCUGAUUGAUGGUACCAACUGCUAAUCUUACCAGAGUACCAAUGCUAUCUGUGGGAAUUUGUACUUUUUACUCAAAGAAAAAAAGCUGCUUAUUUUAAUCGAGUUUAUAUUUUAACCUUUUAAGACCCGAAUUCUUCCACAGCACGCAUUUUUAAUUUAUCUUUGAUAUUUGAGCAUAUUGGGGCCCGAUGAAUGUAAAAACAAAGAAUUACCAGAUUUUUAUUUUUUACCAAAUUUUCAUUUCUAAGAAAAAUGAGAGCCACAAAUGAGGAUAUUCGUUUAAAAUUUCAAUAGAACAGUAGCAGUAUAAUGUCCUCGUAAGUGGAUAUCAGGCCCUUGUAGAGCAAAAUUGAGUAUUUUGGUCUAAAUAACUCAAAAUGUGAUGUCCACAUAUGUGGACGCCAGGUCCUAGGAGGUUAAAGUGCCUAUUCCCCAAAUGAAUUUUUAAAGAUAGGAUAUUCCUCUAUCACGAUCUGCCUUUGUGAAAUACUUUAUAUAUAAAACAAAAUGUUUAAACGAAGAUUUUAAAAAAUCUUUAUAACUAUAAAAAUAUUUAUAACUACAUGAAACCCAAGUGGAUCCUUUUAACUUUUUAAUUCACACAUACCUGAUAGGUUGAAAUACAAUCAGUUUGUGAUUAUUGCACACCUGUAGUUUACAUGGUGAUAUAACACUUCUUUUGUUCACUUUUAUUUUGAAAUGCCAAAACCUACACUGUAUGUUUAGAAACACAAAAACGGUGUAGGUCAAGCAGUAGAGUGUGUGUAUGUAUGUAUGUGUGUGUGUGCAGAUCUUUGGCGCAGCUAAAACUGAAGUACAGCAAAGUUUGUAUGUCAACAAAGGUCUGGAAAUGCAACUACGUGAAAAAUCUCUUCACUCAGUCCAUUUUUAAACACUAAUAUAUAUUCAGCAGUAAAUAGGUGAUGGCAAUGACACUGUGAGACAAUUUAUUUCAGCUUAUGGUCCUUUUGAGGGAAUCUAUUAAUGAAACCUGAAGCCAAAAUCCAUUGGAUUUAACUUGAUCAUGCGUCAGAAUAAUUUCUAUAGUUCCUAUAGAUUAUUUUUGCUGGAGUGGUAUAACAAUUUUUAAACCCUUGCCUUGUAAAUAAAUGUUUGUGCUCCAGAAUGUAACCAGGCAUUGUUUACCUGGCUGUUUCUAAAUCAGUAAGAUAUCAGCACAUGUUAUUUUGAAACGAUGCAUUAUUGUUAAAAUGUAGAAAACAUUUUAACGCCGUCUUUGUAAAUACAUUUUUUGAUGAUACUUGAGUUACUGACUGUAUGUAAUGUUUAUGGGAGUGCUGUACUUGCUGUGGUUACAUGUCAAAAGGUCACAUCAUGCUUCAUCCGUGCUUUGCAUGCUGCAUAAAUGCAUUUUAUAGUGUUGAUAUGUGAUAAUGUUCAGUGUACUGUGGGGGGAAGGCACACUGUUCACUAUAUGUUGUUGUCAUAUUGGUUAUGGUUUGUAUAGUUCUCAAUGUAAAUAAAUAAUUCUGAAAGCUAAA